AUGACAUUCCUAUGGUUGAGCACACCACCGAUUAUGCUAGCUCGAUACUUGGACUGGUACAGGGAUCAUGGUGAUCAAUUCAAUCAACAUCCGGUUGUUAUACAUUGGUCUACUUUGGAACAUACUAAUAUUCCACCGGUUCGAAUUACAGCAUUUCCCCCCGGAGCCAUAUUUCCGGCUUCACGUUGGAUUGUGAUGAAUUUGUGCAAACCGUUUCAACUACUUGUAUUUUAUGGUCAGGUUUAUCAAUCGGAUACGCCGGGCUCGAACUUACUUAUUGGUCAUUACGCUGUACCCGUAGUUCCUCCAUGCCCCAGUGGCUUUGGGCGUAUACGCGUGGGAACACAACUAGAUAAAGAUGGAAAAUUUUCGGUGUUUCGUGUCGAAUUACUGGACAAACCAUCAAGAACGGAUUUACCAUCCUCUGUCAGUGCACUGAAUGCUUGGGUGGAUACGGAUCAGGGGAGACUUAUGCCACUGGAGUUUCAAUUACUACCGGUUCCCUUGACAAAUAAGGAAGUGAAGACAUUCUUGCAGAUCUCGGUACGUGAUUCCAAUGAGACUUUAGUGAGAAAAAAAUAA